AAUGCAUGUACCCUCCUUGAUCGUCACCUUCCAUAUUUGUGAAAAGGAGGAUAUUAUAAUUAUGAAUACAAAAUUGGGUACAAAAGUGAAUAUUUAAUAAAAAGAGAAAACGUCAGUAAAUCAUAGACCCCCAUCCAUAGGUCCCGCCCCCCAAGAGGCUUUGCGCUCUUCUCGGCCUUGGGUUCCCUCGGCAACCGCUCAACAGAUCCCUUGGCAACCGCUCAACAGACGGUCCAGGGAGCCGGGCUUCGGCCAAACGGUGGAGUCUGCCGGGGUCUGCUGAGCCCAGUGUUUUAUAUUAUGACUUCUCAAGAGAAGACAGAAAAGCAUCCUUUUGUGGAUAUAUUUAACGAAGAUGAAGCUGACAUAAACUUUAUGUUGUCUAAACCUGUUUGCUUUGUUGUAUUUGGGAAACCAGGGGUUGGGAAGACAACAUUAGCCCAACAGAUAACACAGGCAUGGAAAUGUAUUCGUGUAGAAGCUUUACCGAUUUUGGAAGAACAGAUUGCCAGUGACACUAUAACGGGAGCUAUGUUGCAGUCAAUGCUGAUCAGUGGCCAAAGCAUUCCAGAUGAACUUGUCACAAAGUUAAUGCUGGAGAAGCUGAACUCCUCAGAAGUCUCUCACUUUGGCUAUAUUAUCACUGAAAUACCAUCACUUUCACAGGAUGCCAUGACUACUCUGCAGCAAAUAGAAUUAAUUAGAAAUUUAAAAUUGAAACCUGAUAUUAUAAUCAAUAUUAAGUGCCCUGACUAUGAUUUAUGCCAAAGAAUUUCGGGGCAAAGGCAGCACAGUAGUACAGGAAACAUAUACACAAGAGAUCAGUGGGAUCCUGAAGUCAUUGAGAAUCGUAGGAAAAAGAAGAAAGAAGCCCAAAAGGAAGGAAAAGGAGAAGAGGAGGGGGAAGAGGAAGAAGAGCAAGAAGAAGAAGAGGCAUUUAUUGCUGAAAUGCAGAUGGUGGCUGAAGUUCUUCAACACCUCGUUCAGAGACCUGAGGAUUAUUUGGAAAAUAUCGAACACAUUGUUAACCUUUAUAAGGAAAUAAUUCUUCACCCUUUAGAAGAAGUAAUGGCUGAACAUGAUUCCCAGUAUCUUAUUGAGCUAGAUGGAAAUAAGCCCCCAGAGGAGCUGUUCAUGACGGUUGUGGAUCGACUUAAAUAUCUGAACCUAAAAAGAGCAGCUGUUAUAACCAAACUUCAGAGUACAGAGGAAGAUAUUAACGACACAAUGGAAAAUGAUGAGCUGUUCCGUACUCUUGCAUCUUAUAAACUUAUUGCACCAAGAUAUAGAUGGCAGAGAAGCAGAUGGGGACGUACAUGUCCUGUGACUUUAAAGGAAGGUAACAUUUUUCAAGGAUUGCCAGAUUUUUCUGUGAGUUUUCUAGGUAAAAUGUACUGUCUUUCAUCAGAAGAAGCAUUAAAAACAUUUCUAUUGAACCCACGUCCCUAUCUUCUUCCACCUAUGCCAGCACCACCAUUUAAAGUAUUCAUAUUUGGACCUCAGUCUUCAGGGAAAACAACACUUAGCAAUUUGCUUGCAAAACAUUACAAAGGAAAGGUAGUUGACUAUGAUAAAGUGAUUCAACCACGUUUUGAUAAAGCCCUUGAAAUGUUAACCAGAAACACUAUAGCUGAGGCCACUGAAGCAGCCAUUAAAGUUGUCAAAGAGCGGCUUCUCUUAGAACUACAAGCUAAAAAUGGUGAAAAAGAAAUAAGUGAAAUGGUUACACUUCAAAGAAGUCAGCAAGACUCUAGUCGAGAUCUAAAGAAGGAUUCCAAAAAAGAUGUAACAGACUAUGAGAUAGAAGAGGUAACUGCUGAUCAUCCAGAAGUUCUUUCCAUGAUAAAUGAGACAGUAAAAAUGGCAAAGGAUAUGAACUUUGAACAGCCACAUGAAAAAAUUGCUGAGAUCUUAGGUGAAGUUCUCCAAGAGGUAGUUGAAGAAAACAAGAACAGGUUUUAUGGUGCCCCCAAAUAUGGAGGAUGGAUACUGGACAACUGCCCUCUUGUGAAAGAACUCUGGAUGGUCUUAGUCGACAAAGGAGUUCUACCCGAUUUAGUCAUCUGUUUAUCAAACACAGAAAACAAUGGAAAAUAUUUAUAUAAUAGACUGUAUUUAAAGAAUAAACAAGAAAUUGACUCCAAGAUUUUAGAAAGAUUAUUAGAUGAACUACUAAAGGAAAGAAAAGAGGAAGAAGCAGCAAGAAAAGUCAGCGAAGAGACAUUAAGAAUAGAAGAAGAAAAUCGAAAGCUAUUGGAAGCUAUGACUGCAAAAGCAAAAGAAGCAGAAGAAACUGAAGCCGAGGCUUUUGAGGAUAUCGAAGGUGAAGAGUCUGAACUUCACGAAUGGUCUGAGACCCCUGACGUUGCUGAGGAGACCGGGGGGGUCUUACCCGAGGAGUCUGACAUUUUUGAGGUCCCAGAAACAGAACAUGAAUCAGUAUCUGAGCCUCCUGAGGAUGCUACAGUUGGAGCAGAAUUUCCAAAAGGAUCCAGAGAGGGCCUGGAAACUAAAGAAUUACCUGAAACAGUUCUACUACCUGAAUUUCCAGAAGAUGGUUAUCCUGAUGUUCCUGAAAUGGAUUCAAUUAAAGAGAAUGUCAGCUCUUUCUACGCUGCCUGGAGACAGAUGGAAACAGCUAUCAGUGACUCUUUCACUCAAAUUUUAAACCUGGAGAUUGCUGGCAAAACUCCAGAGGAACUACUUCAAAAAGUCGUUGAAAUUAUGGAAAAACCCUUUCACCAUGCUGGUUGGGAGUUAACUGUAGAAGAUUAUGAUGAAGAAACAGAAGACUAUCAGGCUGAAGCCGAUGUCGAUGAGGAGCUGGAAGAGGAAGAAGAGGAAGAGGAAGAGAAUGAAGAUACAAUUAAGGAGAAGAAAAGGCAUUUGGGAGAUACAAAGCACUUUUGUCCAGUGGCUCUCAAAGAAAACUUCGUCCUACAACCAGGCACCCCAGAAGAAGCAGCUAAAUAUCGAGAAAAGAUCUAUUACUUUUCAAGUCCUGAGGCUAAAGAAAAGUUUUUGGAGCAACCUGAAGAGUAUGUGGCUCAUGAUGAACCGUUAAAGGCUCCGCCAUUAAGAAUAUGCCUUCUCGGCCCCCAUGGCUCUGGCAAAACUGUCUGUGGAAGACAGCUGGCAGAAAAAUUGGGCAUUUUUCAUAUUCAGUUUGAGGAAUUUCUUCAAGAAAAACUAAUGCUGAAAACUGAAAAGAAAGUGGGACCUGAAUUUGAGGACGAUUCUGAGGAUGAACAAUUUGUAAAACAAGAAUUUGAAGAGCUUGCAAUUCAGGCCCAUGUUACAAUUGAGGAAGAAAAUACAAAGAAGCUGCCUCAGGAAGUGCAACUUACAGAAGAAGAAGAAGCAAUCAGAUUAAACCUAACAGAAAAUGAGCCAUUGCCUCCUGAAAUCCUUGAAGCAAUUCUUUCUCCGUGGUGGUUUAAGGAACCGAUAUGUUCUACAGGUUUUGUAUUAGACGGUUUCCCACGGUAUCCAGAUGAGGUCCAGUUCCUGGGGGAGCAUGGGCUUUUCCCAGAUGCUGCUGUGUUUAUACAAGUUGACGAUCAAGAUAUUUCUGAUCGCCUCCUUCCUGUCCAAAUUGGAAAGUGGAAAGUGAAACAAAAGAAGAAAUUAGAAAGAAAAAAACUCAUCAAAGAAAUGAAGGCCAAAAUCAAGGAUGAUAUGAUUGCUAAAAGAAGAGCCGAACUUUUAACUGAGAGAGAAAAAAGAAGGAAAGGAGGGACUGUUAGAGAAGACGAAGACAUGAGUGAGGAAGAACCUGAUAACAAUGAAGAUGAUAUUGAUAACAUUCUCGAAGAUGAAUUUCCAAAAGAUGAGGAAGUGAUGAGUGAGGAAGAGGAAGAGCAGGAAAUUGAUGCUCUUGAACGCCUGAGGGGUGAACUUGGAGAAAAAUUUGAAGCAGAUAUGAAUAAUUUACAAAUAAUACAGGAAGAAUUUGAGAAGCUUUUGAUACCAGUAAUUCUCAUUAAUGGAUCUCGGAAAAUCCACAUUGUCCAAUACACAUUGAAUACAAAACUGAAACCGCUGGUAGAGAAUCGUGCAAGCAUUUUUGAGAAAUGUUAUCCAAUAUCAUCACGCCUUGCCCAGAAAAUGCUCAGCUUUACCUACAAGUACAUAAGCUCAUUCGGCUACUGGGACCCUGUAAAGCUAAAUGAAGGCGAGACCAUCAAACCAGUUGAAAAUUCAGAGAAUCCACUUCAUCCUGUAAUCCAUCGUCAGUAUAUUUAUUUUUUAUCUAGUAAGGAAACUAAAGAAAAAUUUAUGAAGAACCCAAUCAAAUAUAUCUGCCAACCCAAACCUAAGCCUACUAUCCCCAUUAGGAUUGUAAUUCUGGGGCCUCCAAAAUCUGGAAAAACUACAGUUGCCAAAAAUAUUUCAAGUGAAUAUGGCUUAAAGCGUUUGUCGAUAGGAGAUGCUUUGCGUUAUGUAUUAAACAACCAACCAGACACAGAGCUGGCACUUAUGCUAAAUUGGCAUCUUCAUAAAGGAAUGACAGCACCUGAUGAACUGGCUAUUCAGGCGUUAGAAUUAUCUCUGAUGGGAAGUGUAUGUAAUACCGCAGGUGUUGUCAUUGAUGGAUACCCUGUAACUAAAUAUCAAGUGAGUCUCUUAGAAGCUAGGUCAAUCAUCCCCAUGAUUAUCUUUGAGCUGGAUGUGCCUUCCAAAGAGAUUUUCAGAAGGUUGCUCCUGGAAAAAAAAAAGGAGUCAAGUUUGCCUUAUCCAUUGCACAACAGCUCACAGAUUAUAGCUGUCAAGAACUCAAGGUACCGCAAAAAUAUUGGUGAGAUUAGGCAAUAUUAUGAAGUACAACAUCAGAACUGGUAUGUGAUUGAUGGCUUUCACAGCAAAUGGUGGAUAUGGAAUGAAGUCAUUAAGAAGGUUAAAAUGGUGAAUAAAUACAUGCAGAUAUAUAUGGAAAGAAUAAAAGCAGGAAAAGCUGCCUGCAUUGACAAGUUAUGUAUCUCCCCUGAAGAACUGAUUUCUCGCCUGGGCGAAUUUGGACAGUUCUGCCCUGUCAGCCUGGCAGAAUCAUAUGAAUUAGUUGAUUGCUCUUCAAAUGAUUCCUUGGAAUUUGCAGCAGAGUUCAGAGGGCACUAUUAUAAAAUGAGUUCUCUAGAGAAAUUGAAUAAAUUUUUGGACAAUCCAGAAUUCUACGUACCUCCAUUAGCACCUCAUCCACUUCCACCUACCGACAUGAUCCCCAAGAGGCUGACACUGUCAGAGCUGAAGAGCCGGUUCCCUAGGUGUGCGGAGCUCCAGGGUUACUGUCCAGUGACUUAUCAGGAUGGCAGACAAAGAUAUGAAGCCCUAGUACCUGGUAACAUUCACUAUGCUUUAGAAUAUCGUGAUCGUAUAUAUAUUUGUGAGAGCGGAGAAAAACUUCAGAAAUUUUUGAGGUCGCCACAGAAAUACUGGAAUCAGAAGCUUCCUUACAAACUUCCCCCAUUGAAGGAACCAAUGUAUCUCACCAGCCUGCCUUUGCCUGGAUAUCUGGAACAGGGUAUUGCAACUGCUCUAAUUAAAGCCAUGAAUGCAGCGGGAUGCUUAAAGCCCAAAUUCCCCUUCUUAAGUGUACAGAGAUCUGCGCUACUUUACAUAGCACUUCAUCUGAAAGCCUUUAAUCCCAAUAGUUCUGAAUAUACAAGAAAAAAAUACAAGAAGAAGAUGGAGCAGUUUGUGGAGAGAUGUGAACUCAUUACAUACCUGAGUGCCAAGAUGACCAAGAAAUACAAGGAACCUCAGUUUAGAGCCAUUGACUUCGAUCAUAAAUUACAGACCUUUCUCUCUCUUAGAAAUAUAGACCCAGUCAAUGGUUAGAAUGUUUCCAUAAAUGCACCCAGAAUCUUAAAGUUACCUGAAAGGGAUAAAAGGAAAUAGAUUGAAAAUCUGGGCCUCCCUGAUAUACUUUUCCCUCCUGAGUGAUACGCUUUGGCUUCUAGACUUCCAGUGAAUUCAGAGCUCUGCCAGCCAGGAAGGAGUACUCUUCUGUAAGCCUAAGUUCUCAUAUACUUGUAAAGCUUAUUGCUCUUUGCCUGAACUUUGAUGCUUCAACAAAAAUUAUUCCAUUUAGAGUAUUUAGGUAAUAUUUGACUUAAUGAAUCCUUUGUUCAUUUUCCUUUUUAAUAUUUUUAUUAGAGAAGUCUGUCUCUGUUAAAGAAACUUAUGCAGUAAAGGUUAGAGAGUUUCAAGAAAAGAAUUAACAUUGCUAUAAAUAAAAUAAAAAUAUUGGUUACACGUUUAACUUAAAGAGUUGUUUGUAAACUUUGUGAACCUAAAAAUACUUUAUCACUUUCCCAACAAAAUAAAUGGAUUUAGAGACAA